CCGUAUAAUUAAAACAUACCUAUGUCAUUGUAAAUAUACGGAUGAAUGACCUGUCCCUGCGCACACGGGGUUACUUCAAGUACUUAACGAACUGUUCGGCAAAUAAGAAAGAAUGGAACCGAGCAGUGCUUGUUUUACACAGAGACCCGAAGAAUACCGUUAUCAUGGCUGACUUACAAGAUACGGAAUAUGAGACUUUAGACCUACCUGAUACAAAAAUAAUCAUUCCAUUAAAUUCUUUCAAAGUUUGUCGAAAACAUAUUGUUUCUGGUCACGCAUCAAUAUCUAAUGAGAAUGGUCAUCCUAACCAAAAGCAUUCUUUGAACACUGUUAAAAAUGCCAUUCCAUGUAACCAAAUUCAUCUAAGUUCGCGAUUUUUAUUUGGUAAAAAGCAGUUGUGGUUGGGUUUUACAUCUCUGUUUGACCAAGAUAUAUGGUAUUCAUCUUUGAAAACUUUGGUUACAAAGCACAGAAACAAGAAGAAUACUUUAAAUAGUCCCGAUUUACUACGAGCAUCUGCAUUAAGUUUAUCCCAAACAUCAGAGUUGGAUUUACUUGCUUCAGCCCUGCCAAAUAUCUUAGAUAAUGAAAUAUAUGAAAGUACUUCUGCUCAAGAUACAUUUUCUGUCUACAUAAUUCAUACAGAAAAAUCAAAAGAUUUAGGGUUGUUUGGUCGUUACUUACUACGUAUAAAAGAAAAUGCAUUUGAACUACUUGAUCCGGACACAUAUUCAAUAGUAAAAGUAUGGCCGGUCAAAUAUGCGCGCAAAUUCGGUGUGUAUACCAAACGUUUUUAUUUAAUAACUGGAAGUGGAUGUGAAGAUGGUCGCGGAUUGUUCAUCUUUCUAAUAGAGCAUGCUGAUAAAUUUCAAUCAAGACUAUUUCGUCAAAUGAAACAAUUAACUAUGCAGUCUCAGUUAUCUAGACGUGUUACCGACUCUAGCAAAUGGAUAAUAGAUCAAGAGAUUAAAAAGGAAUCUAGUGAAUUUCACUUAAAUGAAACAAAUCAUUGUUGGUUUUCGUCAGAGCCUAGAAAAAAGAAAAAUAUUCUAACGUCUCUCAACUCAACUGAUCCGUUGUUGAAAACUAAACCACGUUCCCACUCUGUUAAUGAAUUUCUAUUACAAAAUAUAGAAUCAAAUAAUUUACAUCAAAGGCAAAAUUCUUCAAAUAUGUUACCAAAAGAAAUAUCUGUCUCAUUAGCUUAUGAUAGCGAUGCAAAAUCUUCAUCAUCAUCAUGGAUAUUUCCAGAGGAAAACUUCAUAAUAACGUCCGGCAAAUGUUUUGCUGAACGUUCAUGUCAAACUAUAUUUGAAGUAAAUACAGCAGAGCAGUUAAAACAUUCUAGUAAUGUUAAUUCACCACGAGUAACUGUAGUAAAACAACAAAUACAAGAAAAAAACAUGAUUCAUAAUGAUUAUAGUUCUCAAGAAACAUUCAUUUCAGAAACACUGUGCGAACGUGAAGAUGAUAAUGUUUUUCUAGAAAAAGAAGAGGAAGAAGAUAAUUUAAGCGAAGCUUCACAACCCGUUUAUGCUAAUGCUGAACAAAUCACCAAUACGAUGUUCAACACAAAAUAUUCCAAUAAUCAUAAUCAAAAAUUACUAACAAAUAGUGGAAGCAAUGAGGAUGAAACAACAGUGACAUCAUGCUCAAUGAAUGUGAACUCACCAGUGUCAGCAAUUAGCGAUACACCAUCUCUGUUAACGUCGUCAUCAUCUACUUUAAUAAAUAAACCAGUUAAUACUUCGUGUUCAUAUACAAAAAAUUGGAAACUUGGUUACUUAAUUGAACCAAUAAUGGAAAGAGAAGAACAAAACUCACAUAACUCAUCUAUAUCCGUUGGUAAUGAAGAAUGUAAUACAGCUUAUAAAGAAGAAUGUGAUGGUUUAGUCACUUCAUCAACACCAGAUAAUGAUAUAGAUAUAAAAAAGAUUAGCAAUACUUGUCUUAGUAAAUCACCGGCUGAUGAAUUAGAAAAUACAGAUGACGAAAACGAUUCGGUUUGUGAAAAUGUUCAGUUAACAAAAGAAUUUCAAAACAUUUUAGAAGACGUAAAAUUUUAUCGAUUGGUUUCAAGAUCAGCUACUUGGGAUGGAUGGAUGAAAUUGAAGACAAAUACAAAACAAGAAGUUACGUCACAGAAAGUUAUUGUACAAACGGGUACCAACAUUGAAAAUGACAAUGUUACUACAAUUAUUACUAAUACUAACGAUCAUCACGACAGCCCUAAAAUGAAAGAUAAUUCACAUGUUGUUGUGAUGACAGCAUUUUGAAUUGAAUAACGGUGGUGUAAUUGGUAAUGAGUAAACUAACAUUUAUUUUCUUAUUAAUUUUACCCAUCAACUAUAUGUUGUUCAUUAUAAAAAAAUACUUAUGAAAUGGAAGAUUUUUCAUUUCAUUGUAGGUACUCCCAUGUGAUUAACAGUUGUAUACAAAACGAAAAUAUUUUCCUGGGAAUUCAUUAGUGUAUGGUUUGAUUUAUAUUACUUUUUAUUUAAAAAACACUUAAAUUUUGUUGAGCACAAGAUUAUGAAAUUAAUGAUAAAUCGAAUGAAAGCUUGUUAAUAUGAUUAGGAUUUAUUAAAUGCAAAGUUAUAAUGAUCAAAGUCAAGUUAUAAUACAUAUUUCAUAACAUUUUUAUAACAGAAUAUGAAGUGAGACUCUAGAUUCAAUUUAAUAUCUUCAAUCGUGAUCAUUUUUUUCAAUCAUCAUUAAUUCAGUACUUUCUAUGGAGUAUAAUGCUUUUCCAUUUUAUCUUGUUUUGAUUCCGUAGACAACUAGUAUUAGGUUCUGUUUUUUAUCUUUCUAAAUAACUUCGUUCAGUUAAUAACUUUUAGAUAAAGCAGUUUUUAAAUUCCAGAUAUACCGAUUGUUGAAAUAUGAGAAAUAGAUAGUUAUGUGGUAGUGUAACUACACUAAGAAAUAAAGUAAAACUGGAAGUUAUGAGUUAAGGAUAAACAAAGGCAUCAUAGACAUUUUUAAAUUAUGUGUAGGGAAGAAUGGAAAAUACAUGCGACAUACAUAUCUACGUCACUGUAUUUCUUUUAUCUAGAGUUCAGAAGUAAAGAAAUCAAAUAUGAACAAGUUAUUUUCUAUUUUUUGAAGUUCAGAAUUUAUGACAAAAAUUUCAAACCCGAUGUGGAUUUUAAAUUAAAAUACCUCCCUUAAAUGUAGAUUCCACUUCACUUAUCAUCGUAAAAUAUGAUGAUUUUGGUCAAUUGUUUCACAAGCAGAACAUAGCCGAUUCCUAUUCAGUUAAUUACAUAGUACCUAUUUUCUACUUCUUUGUAUUAUUAUUAUCUUGAAAAACGGAUUUUCAAUAUUUUAAGUCAAUUAUAUGUGAACUAUCUUUUUCAUCAUAUGAUUAUCUUAUGUAUUUUCUAAUUUACGUUUAAGAAGCUUAUAAGUAGUCAGAAAAUCCUUUCAACCCCCAGUUUAACAUGUAGUUCAAUUCUGGACCAUAUAAACUGACUGAAGCACAGUUGAAACUUGACGGGAAGGCAUAUUUCACUGCUAGAUCAGUAUGGAGCAUGUUAUUAAAUCUACCUCGCAUUGGUUAUGUUAUUUCAUCUAAAAAUGAACUGUUUGUUGGAUUUGUAAAUUUUAAAUAAGGGAUUUCAUUUCACGAAGUUUUUAUUAUGACACUAAUAAUCACACAAUAGAGAUUUUUAUUCUUUAGGAGUUUAUCCUGACUGUGACAGACGAUUCUUCUCAAGAUAAUGGCAACAUAAAAUAUCGCAAAAUGGUAUUUUU